ACAGCUUCCACAUCGUCAUAGGCCAGAAAGGGAGUGGCAACCCACUUGUUUUUAAAUAUUUUGCACAUUAGGUUUCUUCCAGUGUUUUGGAUUUACUCCAGUAGCUCUAUUUAGAGAUUUCUUCAUGUUUCCCAGCCAGUCAGUUUCCAUCAGUGCUGCUGCCUCAAGAGAGAGAAUGGAGUCCAGUACAGCCUAAGUGAAAGAAAUGCAGUAAUCCAAGAGGGAAGUUGUUGGGUUUUUUCUUUAUUUGGGGCCUUUUCUGGUGAAGGUAUGCAAGCUUUUGCAUUUGACAGAGUGUCCUGGUUUUCAGGCAAAAACGAAGCGUCUGUGUGUAUAGCCUUACUGGAGCCACAAUGGAAGCUUUUUAGUCAUUUAAUAGAAAAGGACUGUGGGCCUUAUGAGAACAUUUUAAGAGCUACAUGAUCAGAUUAAAGGAGCCUGAGAAACUGAGGCCACCAUCUUGCGGCUGGGAUGAACAUCUGCAAUAAACCACCUAAUAAGACAGCACCGGAGAAGAGUGAUGAAGCAGCUCCUGAGGUCCAGUCCCAGCAUGCCCGGAGAAAUGGCUGGAGCUGGCCUCCACAUCCAUUCCAGUUUGUUGCUUGGCUGCUCUACCUCUUCUUUGCAGUGGUUGGCUUUGGUGUCCUUGUGCCACUCCUGCCUGCGCACUGGGUUCCUGCUGGGUAUAUUUGUCCCGGAGUGUUUUUUCUCUGCCAUCUAGUAGUUCAUCUUACAGCAGUUUCUAUUGACCCAGCUGAUGACGGUGUGCGAGAGAAGAAUUACCAGGGGCCACUCACUACUUUCAAUCGAAGCCAGCAUGCUCACGUCAUUGAAAACCGCCACUGUCACAUCUGUGAUGUCAAUGUGAGCUCCAGAUCAAAGCACUGUGGGACCUGCAACAAGUGUGUGUGUGGAUUUGAUCAUCACUGCAUGUGGCUCAACAACUGUGUGGGAGAAAGGAAUUAUUGGCUUUUUCUGAACAGCGUGAUAUCUGCCAUCCUAGGCCUUCUCCUAAUCCUACUCAUUGCUUGCUACGUUUUUGUGGAGUUCUUCCUUAACCCCAUGAGACUGCGCACAGACCAGCACUUUGAAGGCCUGAAGAACCAGACGGAUGUGUGGUUUGUGUUCCUUCCUGCUGCUCCCAUUGAGACACAAGGACCUGCCAUUUUGGGUUUGACUGGGGUUCUGAUUCUUCUGGGGCUGCUGACUCUGUUCCUGUUGGGUCACCUGCUGAUCUUCCACAUUUACCUCAUGUGGCAUCGAUUGACCACCUACGAAUACAUUGUGCAGCAACGCCCCCCUCAGGAGAUGAAGGAUCCUGUCAAGCAGCUAGAAUCCUGCCCUCCUCAAGUGAGGCCUAUUCAGGAAAUGCAGUUUUAUGUAGGAAGCCUUGGAUAUACCAAUCCUGAGAUCCAGGUGGAAGACUCUACAGGAUUAGCAUCUGGGAAAGACCUAACCAAGUUCUGCAUUCGCAGCGAUGGCUCAGACACCAAGCUCAUCCUCACCCCUGAGCAAUCCGAGGUGCAAGAUGGAGACCAGCCACAGAAAAAGAAGAAGAAGAAAAGGAGAAAGAAGUUGCAUAAGGUCCCCUCUUCUGUGUCAGAAGAAAGAUCCUACAUGGCUGAUGGCCCAUGGUCCUCUCUUCCAGCUUUACAACCAGAACUUUCCAUCACAGGUGCCACCUCCUCAACUGCCUCGUCCUCCAGCCUUCGCCUUCCCAUGCCGGCUGCCCCUCCCAAAAUCGUCACACCCACAGGCAGCAACGGUCCCGUCCAGGCCGCAGGUCCUCCAGCUGACUACCAUUCCGAGUCAGCCGAGUCCAUGGAUGAGAUCCCGGUGGCUCAGACGCGUCUGGGGAGCAGUGCCCCAAAUACAGCUUCCCAGAGCAACGCUCGGCAUCUCCCCUUCCCCACCGUCCACUCCAGAGGGGGAGGAGAGAAGCACCAGAACACCACGCACAACCCAAAAGACAAGAACUGUCAGCCACCUGCAGGGCAGCGGGUGGAAGAGCUGGAACUGUCUCCUAAGAUCCCAACCAUCUUUGUGAGCAAAAGCAGUGGGGAGCCACCUGUCCCCAAACCCUGGUCUGGUGAAACAUCAUUUGAACCCCCACACAGAAAAUGCUCCAGUAAACGGCACGUGGAUGAUCAGGACUGCCACGUAUGGGACUCAACCACCAGUUCAACUGCAGCUUAGACAUCCUAAGAGCCAAGGCAGAAGAAGGGAUGUGUGGGCUGCUCACUCUCCAAAUAUAUUCAUGUUCAAGGAUUUAAUCUUGAGUCAUCUGUCUUGCUCUCUGGAGCUGGCUGUUCAUGGCUCCUUGUUAACCUGCCUUUUGUGGAUGGGGGAGAGGGCUUAUUCCAUCAUCUUUGUAGCUUUUGCAGGGAAGUCAUUUUGCCUUUGAAGGCCAACAGAAUUGUAGAAAUCUGCUCCUGGGCAACAGUCUUUCCUCACUGAUGGGUACCAGGAGGUUUGAAGGUUUAAGGCUAAGCCUUAUAGGUGGUUGGAUUCUUAUUUCAAGCUCUCUUACAGAUCCCACAGAAGCAAGCCUGUGUCCUUUGCUUAACGCAGUAUAUUCCUAUGGGGUGCCAAAAGCAGCUACCACAACAGUGCAAGGAGCAGGGUGGGAAAGUCACUCGUCCUACAGUAGCAUGGAUUACACUCUCCUCUGGAAACUGCUCCCUGUUUUUCUAUCUCUCUGUCUGAAAGGGUUUUCUCUUUCUGUGAUGGCUUAUUCUUGCCUUGUAAUGCAGAUUCACAGUGGAGGACUUGCAUCGAUGCCCAAGGACCAGAACCAGGGACUUUUAGUGGGUGGCUUCCCUUGAAAAUGCUGUCUGGGGAAAAUAAGGCUCUUUGCAAGGUGUGCAAGGAGAUAAAGUCCUAGGAUGAGGCCCCCGGGUGCUUGUGAACCUCCUCAGUGUUUCACUGCUUGCUAUGGAGAGGGACCAUGUGAUGGAGCACAUGCUCUGCAACUCGAGCAGGGCGGGGAACCUCUCAUCCCUUCCAGGUGGUGGGCUGCAGUUUCCCCACUUCUGCCCUAGAAGUCUUGUGUUCCAUCCCUGGCAUCUUUAGUUUAUAAAGGCACAGGUAAACAGUACGUGAGACUGCCUGCGACCCUGGAGAACCACUGCCAGCCAGGAAAGACAACACUGGUCUAGACUGACGAAUAGGUUGCCUCUUGCAAAGCAGCUUCUGAUGUUCACGCAGCAAUAUUCUCGGGCUCCUUGAACAGCUCUGUUUACAAUAAAAAAAAAAACAUUUCUAUG